AUGUUAAAGGUGCCGAACAAAACCAAUACUUCUCCAAAGCUCCUGCUGGAUCUGCCGGAUGAGAUCCUUCACAAAAACAUUGGCAUGGUACUCCCGAAAGGCUUCACAGGCUUUGCAAAAUACAACGCAGAUCGUCCACAGCUCGACUGGUCUCCUAGAUGGGCACCGAACAUGACACUGAUUUGCAAGACCAUUGCAACACACGCACAGCCGAUCCUAGGGCGCAAUUCUGCGCUACACAUCCCAGAGGGCAAACGACAAUUUGAACUCUGCGAUGGCGACCACGACGAUGAGGCCGACUUUGGUGUUUUGCAGUGCGAUGUCUUCCCCAAAUACAUGGUUCAGGGCGUCACGGAAUUGACUAUCUCUCAAUCCAAAGUUUUUCAAUUGAGAUACGUGGAUUGA